AUGAAGCAAAAGGAAACGGAAAACGAGGUCAAGUCUGCUAAUGUAAAGAAGGGCAUUUCUCCACCGCAGCCAUCCGUGCCACCACUUCUCAGGUUUGUUGGUACACAGAAACGAAUGGUAAAGUACAGUGCUCGGGAGGAUAAUUACAAACCAUAUGAAAAGUCCAAGGAAGAUGAUCACAGUAAGGAGAUUGACAAAAGCACCAAAAUUUCUGGUGAAGAAUAUGAAAAGAAUGAGAUAAGAGUUGGUAUAAAGGACUGGUGGACUAAGAGCAAAUAUGCAUACCUAAACCAACCAGCAAUAAAAUCCACCACUUACAUUCCCCAGUACUCUGUCCCUUGCAAGUCUGCAGCUUCCCCACCAACUACAAGUAAAAACUCACUUUUCAUCAACCCAUUUUGUGUUUUUGAUUUUGUGAGUUUGAAUUCAAUAUACAUGGACGUGGGACAUAGCUACUUAGAGGGCAACGCGGAUGCGGUCGAGUUCUGUCCUCAAGAUUCAUUCCAUAAUGUUCUCGCAGCCUCUACUUACACUCUUCAAGAGGGUGAUCGGCCCAGCCGAGUAGGCAGCAUUUCUCUCUUUGAUGUCGAUACUGAUGCUUGUCGACUCAACUUGACUCAGAGACUGGAAACAGCUGGCAUUUUUGACAUUAAGUGGAAUUCGGGAUUCGUGCAAAAUAUGGGCCAUCCUCUGCUUGCUCAAGCUGAUGCUGAUGGAUAUGUUAGGAUUCAUAGCCUACAAAGUUCUGAUUUAGAUGGAUCAGAUGUUUAUGGGAAUUACCUGAAAGAGCUAUGUGGCAAGCAUAUCAGUUCUUCCAUGUGUUUGUGCAUCGACUGGAAUCCCUCUUCCACAUCCAUGACAGUGGGCCUUUCAGACGGAUCGGUCUCUAUAAUCUCUAUGCAUGAGUCCCAACUAAGUAUUUUACAAGACUGGAAAGCUCAUGAAUUCGAGGUCUGGGCUACUUCCUUUGAUGUACAUCAACCGCAACUAGUAUACACGGGAUCAGAUGACUGCAAGUUUAGUUGUUGGGAUUUGCGAGAUGAUCCUUCUAACUCGGUAUUUCAAAAUGCAAAAGUUCACAAAAUGGGAAUCUGCAGUAUUGCAAAGAGUCCUAGUGACCCGAAUAUUGUACUCACUGGUUGCUAUGAUGAGCAUCUAAGGGUAUGGGAUGUCAGAUCCAUUUCAUAUCCCAUAAGUGAAACUUCAAUAUGUCUAGGUGGAGGAGUUUGGAGAGUUAAGCACCAUCCGUCUAUACCAGGCCUCAUCUUGACUGCAUGCAUGCAUAAUGGGUUUGCAGUUGUCAAAAUUAAAGAUGGUCGAGCUGAAGUAAUUGAAACGUACAAGAAACACGAUUCGCUUGCAUAUGGAGCAGAUUGGCAGAGAGGGGUUUCGUUUGUGACAGGAAGAAGGAAUAGUAAAGCGAUCGCCACUUGCUCAUUUUACGACCGGCUCCUUCGCGUAUGGAUACCAGAAUGUGAACAAUCAAAUGUUGUCAAUAAGCAAAGCGAGGGGGUUAAUCAAUACCUUGGGGUUCAAAAAGCUUGUGGCAAGACUAGUAUGGUAGCCUGUGAUGUAAUGGUUGUAUGUUGGAUGAAUUCUCUAAGAUUGAAGGCUUUGAUUUAUACCAAGGUUACAGAUCAUAUCUCUGGAAUCAUGCUUCAGUAUUCUGAAGGUAUGAAGAACAUAGAUCUUCCUGCUCUUGUAUUCAUUAUGCUAAAUUGGAAAGCUAUUAAUUAA